AUUCGCCGUCGUGUUAGCUGGUUCGGAAGGUUUUGUGGCCGGAAUUGUGGUCUGAUUCGGCUUCAAGACUUCAACUUUAUCUUGAAUUUGAGUCUGAUUUUGCUUCGAUAUUUGUCGCCAGAAGUCACCAACCGUUGGGAAACCUCCUGGGCUGUUCAGAACUCGAGAAUUAGGUGCUCCGUCACUUCCAAUGAAGUUGAAGCGCCGGCGGUGGUGAAGUUAGGGGAACUGAAGAAGAAAGCUGAGCGCUAUGGGGUUUUCUUUCUCACUUAUGAUCUCAAAGAUGAAGAGGAGACGAAGUCGUGGAAGAAGUUGGUUAACAUUGCUGUCUCUGGUGCUGCUGGGAUGAUAUCCAAUCAUCUUCUCUUCAAACUUGCUUCUGGUGAGGUUCUUGGACCUGAUAAGCCAAUUGCAUUGAAAUUAUUAGGAUCCGAGCGAUCACUGCAAGCGCUUGAAGCCAGAUUUGAUGGAAACUCUGAACUUGUGGCUGAGCUGGUAACAGUCAAUGGCUUCAAAGCUGCUUAUGCCAUCAAAGAUGGUGCUGAAGGACCGCGAGGAUGGAAGAACAACGACCUUCCUUGGAUAGCUCCGAAGAAGACAGUGGGCAUCGACCUGAGUGGUCUCACGGAUUCGUUUGAGGACGUUUCUGAAGCCGUGCCUCUAGCCCUUGGCGUUGCAGCUGCUGCUGGUCUUGGACUAUUAACCUUCACAGAGGUAGAUAUAAUCCUCCAGGUCUUGGGAUCAGCUGCUCUUGUUCAGUUUGUGAGCAAGAAACUCCUGUUUGCAGAGGAUAGGAAGCAAAUUGUUCGACAGAUUGAAGAGAUCUUGAACACGAAAGUCGCUGCAAAUGAGCUUGCUGGUGAUAUACAGAAAAUCGGAAAGGCUCUUCUGCCACCGGUCAUCUACAACAGCAAAGCCCUGCCUGCACCAGCAGAGGCACCAGCAGAGGCGGCCGCCCCUCCCCCAGCAGUCGAGGCAGCUCCAGAGAUCAACUCUGUGUCUAAAGCAGAAGUUGAAGAAGAAUCUCUUCCUGCUGCACCUCCGAGGCCUCUUUCACCAUAUCCUAACGUAACCACUAGUUUUCCAAAAACGCGUCUAUCUUGAUGUCAUGACAAAGGGCUGUGCAGGUGGGAUUAGGAAAAUAGAAGUUUCUUUGAGGAGUGUCAGUUUACUAAUUCCGAUGACGAGUGAUGUGUGACACAGCUAGUGCUGUGCCUUCAGUUUAUCGUUGUUAUAUUGAGAUUAUUCUUUAUAAUUUUUAAUUUUGCAGUUUAAUUUGUUUGCUUC